AAGAUAUCACAUUUAAUUCUGAACCUCCAAAGACUAGCUUGAAGAGGGAUUAGUAGGCAAUAUUAAUAACAAUUAACUGAAUAUGGCAAGUUUCAAGUUAUGGGUUUGCCUUAUAUUGCUUCUACUCGAGUUCUCGGUGCAUCAAUGCCGACCACUGGUUGCGGAAGAGAGCCCUUCAGAUUCAGGUAACAUAAGAAAGAUUAUGAGGGAACUUCUCAAAAGAUCAGAAGAGCUGAAGGUAAGAUCGAAAGACGGCCAAACGGUUCUAGGCACCCUUGAUUCAAAGCGGCUCAGCCCUGGUGGGCCGGACCCUAGACAUCACUAAAAUGAUGAGUAGUUUUAUAACCUUUUGGUGAGGUAUUCAAACUUGUAAUAUCAGCUGAGGGCAUUGCAUAAGCGUUAUUGGUGUAACUCUAAGGCUACCAUCUUGUUAACAUUGAGGUGAAAUUAAAUCUUGAAGUAUGUUCAUCUAAGGUGAAGCGUACUAGAUAAUGUGCUUGUUUGUAUUAAGUUUUCUUUUGUGCUUCCCAAAAUUAUGAGGAAUUGUCAUUUAUCUUCUUUUUUAAUAUUAAUUGUACCGGAUGGGUACGGUUACAUUACCACCAUAA